AUAAAACUAUUUUUGUAGUGAAAAUGACAAUCACUUUUAGAGCUUUUUCAAGACUUCUUGCGCCAAUUGCUGCAAACGUUUUGUGUUUAUCUCGAGCUCAAUUGAGUGCAUUAAAGAUGAGUGCUAAUCCGGACUACAAGUCAGCGACAUCGAUCCACGAGUUCGUGGUAAAGAACAUCAAAGGCGAAGAAGUGAAAUUGGAUGUGUAUAAAGGGCAUGUUUGUAUAAUUGUGAAUGUGGCUUCACAGUGCGGUCUCACCGCAAACAACUACAAGCAAUUAAACGAACUUUUUGAGAAAUAUGCUGAGGAAAAAGGUCUGCGUAUUCUCGCGUUCCCUUGCAAUCAGUUCGCCGGCCAGGAGCCAGGCAACCCUGAAGACAUUGUCUGCUUUGCAUCAGAGAGGAAAGUGAAGUUUGACCUAUUUGAAAAGAUUGAUGUUAAUGGCGACAAUGCUAGCCCAUUAUGGAAGUUCUUGAAGUACAAGCAAGGAGGCACUCUAGGCAGCUUCGUCAAAUGGAACUUCACUAAAUUCAUCGUUGACAAGGACGGAGUGCCCGUUGAGCGUCACGGCCCUAAUGUUGACCCGUUGGACUUGGUCAAGUCUCUUGAGAAGUACUGGUGAUGAGACAAAUAAAUUUAUUCAUUUCGGUCAUUCAAAGAGCAUUUUCUAAUGUCACCUAGAAUGUAGAUAGUUUUUACAGUUUAUUGUACUGUUUUCAGCAUUUAACUUUUCUCAAAUGUCUAUAUUUUCUGCAUAAUAUAUAUGUAUAUCACAAAUACUUUUUACCUAUCGCUAUUAAAUCUGGCAUGUCGAAAGAACAAUGUAAAUAUACUAAACCUAGUUUAGCUUAUGAGUAAAAAGUAAUUAAUAUCUUGCAAACGCACUGUGUGAUGAUAUAUUGGAUAGGUUUUAAGGAUGAUUGUUUAUUUUUUGUGAUAAAAUAUAUCUUUAUUUAAA